CGCGCGCGCGCUGCCGCCCUUCUACGUCUGUUUCCUACAGUCGCUCCCCGCUUGUCUACCGCCAGUUUGAAAAUUAAACAGCCCCGGCGCUUCUCAUUGGGCCCUCUGUGCGAUCACGUGAUUUUGCUUCUGCCACUCAGACCGUUUCGCGCGCCUUUUCGAAUUGGAGUUUUCAUCGACAGUCCCUGUAUCCUUCCUCCUCACUCGCCCAGGAGGGAGGGAAAUAAAAUAGUCCUGCAAAGAUGUCUGUCCCGGCGGGCGGAAUCUCUGCAGCUCCAGGAGGGUGAUUUCUGUCAGCAGGUAAGACUUCCAGUUUCAAAGAUGCCGCUCUUUGGGAAAAUUAUUGUUAUUAAAAGGAAUGGGACCGAUGGAAUCCAUUUUCCACUCACUGCAAGUUCUUGUUUAUUUGGAAGGAAAACGGAGUGCGAUAUCCGCAUACAGCUGCCUCAAGUCUCAAAAGAACAUUGUAAAAUUGAAGUCAAUGAGAACAAGGAGGCAAUCUUGAUUAAUUUAAGUACUGUAAAUCCAACGCAAUUGAAUGGUAACAGUUUUCAGCAACCUGCACAUCUGAAGCAUGGAGAUGUGUUCACUAUUGUUGAUCGUUCUUUCAGGUUUGAAUAUCCUCCUCAAUCAACUCCAAAAAAGAGACUUUCUAGAACUCCAAAAAAUGAAACCCUACAGGUUCUUCAUGUUCAGCAGGUGGCAGAAGUGGAAUUACAGAGCCCAACAUCUAAAAGUCCUCAUACGUCUGAUAAAAACAUAGAAUGUGAAGGCCAAAAUUUUGGUGAAAAUGACAAGCAAAGCACUGAGGAAGAUAUUUCCAGAGUUGUACCAGCCAAACAACAUGCAACACCUAAAUCAACAUACAGAACAGCUAAAUCUAACAGAAGAGAAAAUGAGAUGUCUCCUUUUAGCAAACUUUAUGAAUUGUUGAAAAAUGAGAUUGAUGUGAAAACACAGAAAGAUGGCAACGAAGAGAUACCUAUGCCACGACAAGCAGAGACUAAUGCCCAGCAAAUUUCAUUAUUGGUAUUUCCAUCUGGUCAAGAGACCCAAAUUAAGGAAAAAGAGACAAUAAUUGGUGAAGAUAUUGAACAGUCUAAAGUUAAAGAACAAGAAAUAAACAAUGUGGAACUUAAUCAGAUUUCUAUUGAAGGAAAUAGUUCUAAGAAGACCAAUGAAAUAAGUUCUGCAAAUUCAGGUGAACCACAGACUGGACAAGAUUCAUCAUUAGGAGUUAAAGCAACAGAAAUUUCAAAUGAAAUUCAAAAGAAAGAUGUAGUGUGCAGUAGUGUUGGUGGGAAUGAAUCAUGCAUUUUGGGAAAAAGUAAUAAAUAUUCAAAGCAAAGGAGAAAUAGUAAACAGCUUACACCAAGAAAAUCCUUAAAUGCAGAAGAAGUGCUAAAAGAAAUUCAUUAUGAGACUUCCUCAGUUAGCGUAACUAAGGAGAGAGAUUCUGAAACUUUUGCAUUUUCUCCUGGGUAUAGUAAUUCCAAAAGCCCCAAAGGGAGUGUUAGACAAAGUAAAAAAAAUUCAAAUAAAAGUCCAUUAUCAGAGUUAUUAACUCCAGAAAGGUUAACACCGAAAGAUGAAUCUUCUGCUAGCCGUAAACAUCACUCUGGAGCGCGAAGGGGAAGACGAAUGAGCUCUGGAAAGAUGGCUGAAGAAACAUUGGAGAGAGAUCCAUCUCAAGAACAUUACAAGAAUGUAGAUAUUAAAGGUAGUGAUGUUAAAGAAAAGCUGACCACAGAGAACUACCAACAGAAAUUAGAGGUGGAAGACGCUAAUAUUGUCCUGGGACCUCACAGGUUGUCAUCAAAAAGAAGGUGCUCUGAAAGUGUUGUACUUCUGAGAGAUGAUGAAGUUGCAUCAGAAAUAAAUAUUUCUAGCCUACCUACUGAAGACAAAAAGUCAGGUGAGACAAAGAGGUUACCUCAAAAGCGGAAAAGUAGAGAGAUUGAGUUGCUACAUCAGCCUCUUGGGAAAAGAAAGAGAGUGUCCUUUGGUGGGCAUCUCAGUCCUGAACUUUUUGAUAAAAGUCUACCACCCAAUUCACCACUUAGAAGAGGUGCAAUUCCAGCAAGGUUAAGCUUACCAUUUGGAAAUUCACCUCGUGCGGUUCUGAAGAAGGGACAGGGAUUCAAACGUCUUGUAAUCAAGGAUCUUUCAGAGCAUUUGCAGAGACAAAAAUCAUCACAAAAAAACUUGCCUGCCAGGAGGUCCCCGGCUGCCUCGCCGCCUGCCAGGAGGUCCCCGGCUGCCUCGCCGCCUGCCAGGAGGUCCCCGGCUGCCUCGCCGCCUGCCAGGAGGUCCCUGGCUGCCUCGCCGCCUGCCCUUGAAAAAAUGUCACCUAAGCUCACUGCAAACUCCCCAUCAAAUACACCAUUCACAAAAGGACGUUUCUCUAUUUCUCACAUUAGCACACCAUCUCCUACUUCAAAGGAGCAGGGUACUGCUGCAACAGAAGUUAAGGAAAGUGAUGGAGAUUUUACUGGAGUCAAGACACCUGAAUCUUUUCAUAUUAACCAGGAACAUCAGAUUUCUGUGCCAACUACACCUAAACAAUUAAUAAGGCGUAGUAUAAGAUUUUCUGUGAAGAGAACUCCCAUGAAGAGGAGGAGUGAUGCUGUGGAAACAAUUCAUUCUAAAAGAAGAAGUGGUGCUUCUAAAGCCAAUUUGCUAGUUGCAAAAUCUUGGGCAGAAGUGGUGAAGUUGGGUGUUGCAAGACCACAAGUAAAGGCUGUUAAAAAAUGUGUUCUCAAAGGAAAAUCAGCCAAGAAGUUAACAAAAUCACCAAAGUUACUUGUUUUAGAAUCCAGAGGAAAUUAUGAAAGAGAACUGAAGCAAGAGAAAAAAAUGGAAGAUUCACUUGAAAAAACAUCACUCCCAUUUGUGAGAUCAAGGAAUGGAAACAUUAAAAAUGAACAAGAAUUGCAAGAAAGCCUUGAACAUGCAUGUAUUUCACCUAAGGAGUCAGAAAGUGUGAAAAAUAUAGAAAAUAUUGAAAAAGAAAAAAUGAGUAAUGGCUCUCAGACACAGAGCCAUAAUCUCUCAAAUUCAGUAAUCUCUCUUUUACUUACCAAAAUGGAUCCAGUUCAAGAACCAGCUAUGCAACUGCAAAGAGAAUUAAACCAAUAUUUGAAAGAUAGUGAUGAUAAAGAAUUGCUUUUUGAAAAUCCUGUUGCCCCACAAUUAAAUCUUAUCCAGGAAUCUAUCGAUUUGUCCAGUAAAGACAAAAAAUCUACAAGGGCAAACCAGCAGAAAAUAGAAAUAAAAGAGAACCCCUCUUCACUAAGAGAAUGUGAAGAAAAUCUAAAGGAGAAUGUAAAUUUACUAGAAUUACCAGUUCUGAUGAAAGAGAGGAUUGAAGACCAGAAGGAAGAGGCUGUUGCUUUCACUUCCGUAGUUAAAAAUCUAGGAAGAAAAGAGAGAACUAAUCAGUGUAUGCAAGAAGAAAUUAUUUCAAAAAUUCAUGUUCACAAACAACUUGACAAAAAUAAGGAAGCUGUUUCCUCAGUAGAAAUAAAUGGAACUUUUCAUAGCUCCAGAAGAGGUAAAAGGAGUCUUGAGUCUCAUGAUAAAGAUUCUUUAAUGCUACAAAGAGAAACUACAAGUAUGAAACAGAAUUUGCAGACUGUGCAUCAAUCUGUCACAAACCAUAUUUUAAUAAUGGAAAAUGAUCAAAGUCUGAAGACAGCAAAUGUAUCUAGUAGCAGUAAAAAUGUAAGAGGGCACCCUCUGCAAAUAGGGCUUAUAGCACCUGAAGAUAAGUCUGAUCAAGAUAGUGUAAAAAAUAAUGAAAAGGUGGCUCUGUCAGUUAGGAAGAGGUCUAGAGGGGAGAAAAAAUUAGAAAUGCUAGAAUCAUUAGUUCCAGCUAAAAGAACCAGAAGAGGGAAAACUGAAGAUAACAAACAGGGAUUUACAGAGGAACAUGGUGCAAAAGAAAAACCCCAAAGACAGACAACAAGGAACCCUUGUAGAGCAGCAACAGCAAAGUGUAUACAAACAGAUGAACAGGAUUUUGCCCACAGUAUCAUUGAGGCUGCUGCAGUAGAAGAAUCUGAAAUCAAUAAACCAACCCUUGAAAUUAUGGUAACAGAGAUGAAAGGAAGAAAAUCUUUGAGAGUAAAAUCUAGAAAGCAAUUAGAGGAAACAGAGAAAGUAAGUACAGAGAUGGGACCUGAAAGUGUAAGACCUGUCCAGGAAACCAAGAGAACAUCAAAAGAAACUGUAGUUAAAACACACAAAGCUAUAAAAAAUGAGACAAAAGCGGUUCAGGGAACUAAGGAAGCAGAAACAGGUCAAAGCUUAAAGUUAAAGAAGUCACAUUUUGAAAACACAAAUGAAGCACCACUUGAUGUUUAUAGCUUGCAAGCAAACAGGAAUUCAAUAAAAAAAACUAAUCAAAGACCUGGAAAUAAGAGAGGUCAAAAAGGUAUAUUGGACAUUAAGGAAGGUGAAUUUGCCAAAAAUGAAAAAAUGAUACCACAAAAUAUACCAGAAACUGAACCAGAGACAAUUUCUACAAAAGACUCUCUAGGAUCUCUACAGACAGUGCAAAAUUCCAAAAUCAAGGAAGCCCAAAACAAUCCAACUGCUGCAAUGGUAUAUGGUCCUAAAGAUGUUGAGAGAACUGUUCUUAGACAUGGAAAGAGGAUAAGGAAAGGUGAUGGCAAACAGGAAGCAUCUGAAACCAAACAAAUUGAGAUUUUAGAAAAUAAUCCUACAGAAGCAAAUGAAAAUACAUCAAGAAGAGACAGAGAGAAAAAAGUUCAUUUUGAACUUGAGGAAGCCAAUUCUGCUUCUCUCAGAGGAAAACACAUUUUACCUGAAGGUAAUGAUAAAGACCAAAAUGAGACUUCAGAAAACAUUCCUUCCCAAGCAAAUGAAAAUCUCUCAAGAAGGGGCAGAAGGAAAGAGGUUGAUCUCACACCACAUGCAGUUAGUUCCACUUCUCUUAGAGAAAAAUACAGCUUGCCAGAAAGUGAUGCCAAAAAAGAGGCUCCUAAAAAAGACCAAGAUGCAGCUUUGGAAUCUACUGCUUCCCCUACAAAAGAGAAUACAUCCAGAAGGGGCAGAAGGAAACAGGUUGAUCAUAAAGUGCUGGCAGCUAAUUCCACUUCUUUUGGAGGAAAAUGCAGCUUGCCAGGAGAUAGCAGUAAAGAAGAGAUGUCAGAAGAUCAAAAUGUGCCUUUGGAAGCUAUUGUUUCUCCUACAAAAGAGAAGCUAUCAAGAAGGGGCAGAAGGAACCAAGUUUCUCUCACAUCUCAGGCAGCUAGUUGCACUUCUCUCAGAGGAAAAAGUAGCUUGACAGAAAAUGAUGAUAAAGAUGCGAUUCCUAAAGAAGACCAAAACGUGCCUUUAGGAAGUACUAUCUCCCAAGCAAAAGCUAAUCCACCAAGAAAAGGCAGAAGGAAACAGGUUGAUCUCACAACACAGGCAGCUAGAUCCACUUCUCUCCGAGGAAAAAGCAGCUUGCCAGAAAAUGAUAAUAAAGAGAAGACUCCUAAAGAAGACCAAAAUGUGCCUUUGGAAAAUAUUACUUCCCAGGUAUCAAAAAGGGGCAGAAGGAAACAGGUUGAUCUCACAACACAGGCAGCUAGUUCCACUUCUCUCCGAGGCAAAAGCAGCUUGCCAGAAAAUGAUGGUAAAGAGAAGAUUCCUAAAGAAGACCCAAAUGUGACUUUGGGAAAUACUACCGAAGCAAAAGCUAAUCCACCAAGAAAGGGCAGAAGGAAACAGGUUGAUCUCACAACACAGGCAGCUAGUUCCACUUCUCUCCGAGGAAAAAGCAGCUUGCCAGAAAAUGAUAAUAAAGAGAAGACUCCUAAAGAAGACCAAAAUGUGCCUUUGGAAAAUAUUACUUCCCAGGCAUCAAAAAGGGGCAGAAGGAAACAGGUUGAUCUCACAUCUCAAGCAACUAAUUCCACUUCUCUCAGGGGAAAACGUCACUUGCCAGAGGAUGAAAAGGCAGCCAAAAAAUUAAAAUCAGAGUGUGGUGAAAGUAUAACUCUGCAGAAAGAAACAAGAAACAAAACUAAAGGAGAACUUGGCAAAGGUGGUAUUAGCAUGAUUCAGAGUGCUGGAGGAACAGAAAGGAAAACAAGAGCAAGUGCAAGAACAAGAAAAUAACCUCUUUAAUAGUUGUAGAGCCAGUUUUGAAUAUUUUUCAGUAUUUGAUUUUGCAGUUUUUUUACGUAAAUGGAUGAGCACUUAGAUUUGAUAGAGUUGUAAAGCAUUCAGUGAAUUUAGGUAUAAUGGAGAUAUGUUUAUCUGUUUAUAUAAGUAGAAGAGAUACCUCUUUUAAUGGCAUAAUUCAGGCAAAUAUAUUUGCUUUCCAAACUGUUGUGAGCUUGUGCAAAAUUACAGCAACCAAAAACAUUUCUGUGCCAACAUUGAUGCCUCCUUUCAUUGAUGAUCAUUUCAGAGGUCUGGAAGUUGUAUUACUUUGCUGAAUCUGCCCAUAUGUAAUUGUAUGUUAUUAUCUAGUUAGAUUAAUUUGGGGAUACUGAAGUUUUAUUUUUUCAUGAAAGUUCUGUAAAUAUCCUUUUAAAAAAAUCUACAGGUUUUUAUUGGCAAAACUAUUAUGUGGGAAUUCUGAUUUAACAGCUUAAAUUGACUACUGCAAAAAAUGCGAAUAGAUUUUUAUAAGAGUUAAUAAAUUUUGUAAAUGUUAA